CGAAUACACGAUGAGAAAAAUGUCAUUAUUUAAACUUGGUUUUUAGAAAUUCAAAAACCCAUUGUCCGUUGUGUUUUUCGAUCAGUUUUUCAGUGCAUGCACUCCGGACUAAGUGGCCGCAAGGAUCAACAAUUACGGGAGCAAUGGGCCACCGGAACAUUUGCUGCGAUGGCUGCCAAAGGUGGGACUUCCGCGGUCGCCGCUUCCGCUGCCUGCGUUGCGUGAACUAUGACCUCUGCGGCGAAUGCUACGAUCAGCGGGUGGAGACCGAGGAGCAUCGGUUUGGCCAUCCCAUGCAGCUGAUCCUCGACCGGGACGAUCCGCAAGCUCUGCUGCUUGGCGGCGAUUUUCCAGAGCUGGUCCACCUGGUCAAUUGCUUCACCUGCCCUUAUUGCGGCCAAUUUGGAUACACGGCCAAGCGGUUUAUUCAGCAUGUUUGUGCCCAACAUCGCUUGGCCGAAGCCUAUGUGGUGUGUCCCAUGUGCGUUUGCCUGCCGGACAUCGAGUUGGUGGCCAUUCGGAACCUGUCGCGCCAUCUCCUGCUCAACCACAUCGAUCUUGCCAACCAAUUCGAGCCGGAAACGCCGCCACUCCGAAGAAUUUUUACCAGGCGACGCCCUCAACCGCAGCAGCAAGGUCAGCAGCCAGUGCGUCCUUCAAGGAGAUACGAUUUGGUCCUCCAUGUGCCGACAGUCCCAUGGAACUCAGAUCGCCAGAUGCCCCCCAACCGGGGUUUAGCAGAGGAGACCAACAGUCAGGAGUCCCGGGCUCCCAAGAAUAUUGUUGUAGAACUGCCCAAAAAGCAACCGGAACGGUUUCUCUUGAGGAAGUUGAUCGAUCAGCAGGAGCAGCGGUGGCAGGAAAUGGAAAAAACCGAAACAGAAAGGCGGCAUCACGGCCUCUUUGUCGAACAUCUGUUGAUUUCCAUGCUCUGCUGCGAGGAUCUCCAGCUACCGGAAGCGGAAACAGAGGCAGCAAACUGCGGAAGUAAACGGGAAGAGCGAGAAAAUCAGCACGGCCUUUCCAAGGUCAUGUCGCUGAUGUCCUUGCCAUGGACCAGAGCCUGGCAGGCCACCACUAAGCUGAGAGUUUCGGAGGGGGAGGGAAAGGUCCCCACCACCAGCAAUGAGGAGAUCGAUCUGGAAGACGGGCGGAAAAAGCUGGUGGAACCAAGGAAAUCGGCGGCGGAGGAGGCCGUUGAUUAGCUACAUCCUGAGUGACCAAAUAUUCUUUAUGAAUUUAGUUUUUUGUUCUCACUUUCCAAGCACGUUAUUCCCAAUUUGUGGUUUUGUUUAUAUAUUUUAAUACAAAAAACUACUAAAUUUUUGUGAAAAUUUGGAAAACAUUUACACUGUUAUAAAAAGUUUUACACCGGUAAUACAACUUAAGUUGCUUGAAUAUUUGGAAGUUUGUAAAUUUAAACAAAAAAUUCGUUUCAAUAACAAUUCUACACAGCCUUCGGUUGAGAGUAGCUAUUUUUAGUUUUUGUUUUUUCCUGUCCUACGGGUUAAUGAAAACUUUAAAAACUAUUUCUUACUCUUUGUAAACUGUUUCAUACUGAGUUCCAAAAUAUCAGAUAUCGUUGUGAUAAUUAAAGAACUCCUCAUUUUAUAAGGACGUUUUUCGUUGAAAAUGAAAAAAUUAAAUUCAGUUUCAUAAAAAUACCAUAGUUUUAUUUGUUAAUUUUUUUUCUUUUAAGGUGUUGGUCAGAUUGUGUUUUUAGAAGGGAAGGUUUUUACCAGCCUCCAAAUCCACCUUGCUGUUGCUGCUGCUGCUGAUCACCGAAUCCACCUCCGAAUCCGCCGCCAAAUCCACCUUGCUGUUGCUGCUGCUGCUGAUCACCGAAUCCACCUCCGAAUCCGCCGCCAAAUCCACCUUGCUGUUGCUGCUGCUGUUGGUCACCGAAUCCACCACCGAAUCCGCCUCCAAAUCCGCCUUGCUGCUGCUGCUGCUGGUCACCCGAAUCCACCACCCCAUUGGGGCUUGGCGAACGCCACGGCGAAUAGGGCAAAGAAAAGAAUC